AUUUACCUUCACUGCCACCUUCCUUAGCCGCAGAUAUAGAGAGUGAGAGAGAGAGGAGAGAGAUUCUCCGUCAUGGGUAGAGUCAUCCGAGCACAGCGUAAGGGUGCCGGGUCCGUCUUCAAGUCCCACACCCAUCACCGCAAGGGCGCCGCCAGGUUCCGCAGCCUCGACUUCGGCGAGCGCAACGGUUACCUCAAGGGUGUGGUGACAGACAUCAUCCACGACCCCGGCCGCGGUGCCCCACUCGCCAAGGUCACUUUCCGCCACCCUUUCAGGUACAAGAAGCAGACGGAGCUGUUCGUGGCCGCUGAAGGUAUCUACACCGGUCAGUUCAUCUACUGCGGGAAGAAGGCCACACUCGUGGUCGGAAAUGUUUUGCCACUCAGAUCCAUCCCUGAAGGAGCUGUCAUUUGCAACGUUGAGCACCACGUUGGUGACCGCGGUGUCUUCGCUAGGGCAUCUGGUGAUUACGCCAUUGUUAUCAGCCACAACCCCGAUAACGACACUUCUAGGAUCAAGCUCCCAUCUGGUUCAAAGAAGAUUGUGCCAAGUGGAUGCAGGGCCAUGAUUGGACAAGUUGCGGGUGGUGGAAGAACUGAGAAGCCACUCCUCAAGGCUGGUAAUGCUUACCACAAAUUCAGGGUCAAGAGGAACUGCUGGCCCAAGGUUCGUGGUGUUGCUAUGAAUCCAGUUGAGCAUCCCCAUGGAGGAGGUAACCAUCAACACAUUGGUCAUGCCAGUACUGUUAGGCGUGAUGCUCCACCCGGCCAAAAGGUUGGUCUCAUUGCUGCAAGGAGGACCGGUCGUCUUAGGGGUCAAGCUGCCGCAACUGCUGCUAAGGCUGAUAAGACCACUUAAAGAUAUUUUUAGGACUUUCUUUGAUUGCAAGUUUCCAAAUUUUGUUUCUUUCAUCGUUUAUGUUGAACUGUUUGGGUGCUAUUUUGAGAACCAUUUCCCCCAUAAAUAUGAAGCUUUUGAUUA